ACGUUAGGCGCCAGAUCCAACCCCUCAAAGCCCCGGCCACCCACUCUUUCCGGCGGCAGGGAGCCUGAGCAAUCCCGAGGCGGCGCGCAGCAAGCGCAGUCAGGGCGUGGCUCGCGGGGAUCGGGCGCCUCCCGGCUCCCCGCCGGCGCUCCGGAGCGCGCGGUAGACCAGCCCGCCGUGCGGAGGAGGCUCCUCCUCCGCGCAGCCGUUGCCAGCGCCGGAGUGGCCGGCAGCAGCCGAGAGGAAAGCAUGCCCGCCGCCGCGCCGCCGCCUCCCGUGCAUCCCGCGGCGGGCCGGAGAGGCUCCUGCGGCUGCCCUUGCACCCACCAACCAGAGCCACAAGGAUUUUUUGAUCAUACCAUAAAUUGUAUAAGCGCAGGCAUCACUGAAAGGAGGCUACAAGGUACUUGCCCACCAAUCGGCCGUGGACAUUUUGGAAAGCCGUUCUUUGGUACGAAUUGUUACAAUUCUCCGUUUACAAACUCCCGGGCUGGUUUCCAUACUAUUCACUCUGAGAACAGUCCAGUGAAGCCGAGGAUUGUCACUGUUGUCAAACCUUGUGGCCAUACAGUGAGGAAGAUAACAUUGCUUCUAAAUCGGCGUUCAGUUCAGUCGUUUGAACAGCUAAUUGCUGAUAUCUCAGAAGCACUGGGAUUUCCCCGCUGGAAGAAUGACCGUGUGCGAAAACUAUACAAUUUAAAGGGAAGGGAAAUCAGAAGCAUUUCUGACUUCUUUAGAGAAGGGGAUGCAUUCAUAGCUAUGGGGAAAGAGCAGCUAACCUUGAAGAACCUUGAAGUGGCAAUCCAAGAACUUUAUCCUGAAAACCCUUAUGCUCCUUCUGCUGAAACUACUCUUACUGGAACCACACAGAACUGGGAACAACCUCAAAAGCCCAAGAACAGGUUAUAUGAAAAAGCUUCCAGAAUAGAAAAUGGCCUUGAGGCUAUAGUGGCCAAGAACUUCAUGGAACCCUUGUCACCAAAACUGAUAAACAAGCACAAAGUAAAAGCUCAAACCAAGGCCAGGCAAGAGGAGAAGGUGAGAAGCAAGAAGAAAUGGUCUAGAGACAGCUGGAAUGGAGAGCAAGGUGCGAAGCCUUCAAGAAGAGCUAGAGAGACGGAGAGGUAUUUUGACCAUGAGAGGUAUCCCGAAAGCACAGCAGAGGAAAGUUUGGACAUGAUAGUUAGAUGUGAGAAAUGCCAAAGAGAACGGCAACUCCGGCAAAGACUGCAGAAGGAGAGAUCAGCUGAUCUUCCAUUUGACAACAGGGAUAUGAAUAUGAAAGUGUGUCAAAGAUACCACGUGGAUAAGACUGUGAAAUUGCGAAGCUGCAGGAGAUUGUCUGAAAACUCAGCAGAAGAAUGUGAAACCCUGUGGAGCGAUGCUGGUUGUCUGAGUACGUGGACAGCCUCACAAAACCACGGCCCCGAAGAGCUGCCGAAGCCCAAGAGGGGUGUUGAGAGGCAGCAAACCCUACAAAGCCAUGAGAAUCAUGACAAAGAAUUAGGAAAGGUAAAGAUGAGGCCGAUAGAAAAUCAGCACACCAUUGUAGGAGAUGGCUAUGAACUUAAAAAAGAGCACAGAAAAUGUUCUAGAGUGAAUCAAAGCUGCUGGUUGCUGAAGGGUUCUGAAGUGGAUGCAGAUAAACUGCCAAAAACCCAGGGGAAGAGGGAAGAGGUACGGAAAUCAAAAGAGGAAACGGUUGGAGGAGAAGAGAAGGCGGGGCAUGGAGAAGGUGAACAAGCAAGGCAUGAAAGGGAGGGAGAAGUCAAAGGUAAAGACGAAGAGAACGGGACCAGCAAUAAGAGUCUGAAACAUAAUGUUCAGAGCAGAUCGGACGUGGAGAAGUGCUAUGAAAUUGGCAAAACCAUUGGAGAUGGCAACUUUGCUGUUGUGAUGGAGUGCCAUCACCGCAGCAGCAGCCAGAACUAUGCCAUGAAGAUCGUUGACAAGUCGAAACUGAAAGGAAAGGAAGACAUGCUAGAAAAUGAAAUUGUGAUCAUCAGGAGUCUGACACACCCCAACAUUGUCAGCCUGAUAGAAGUCUUUGAAACUGAGGCAGAGAUCUAUCUAAUUCUGGAGUAUAUCCCUGGUGGGGACCUGUUCGAUGCCAUCAUUCAGAGUGUGAAAUUCACCGAGCGCGAUGCAGCUCUCAUGAUGACUGAUUUGUGUGGAGCUCUGGUUUAUAUUCAUGGAAAGAACAUUGUCCAUAGAGAUCUCAAGCCAGAAAAUCUUCUAGUUCAACGCAAUCCAGAUAAAACAACAACAUUGAAACUAGCGGAUUUUGGUCUUGCAAAGCUGGUGACCAAGCCAAUAUUUACUGUGUGUGGAACUCCAACUUAUGUUGCCCCUGAAAUACUUGCUGAAAAUGGCUAUGGGCUAGAAGUGGACAUGUGGGCUACUGGUGUUAUACUCUAUAUUUUGCUUUGUGGUUUUCCCCCUUUCCGGAGUCAUGAACGAGAUCAAGAGGAGUUGUUUCAAAUCAUACAGCUUGGCCAUUAUGAAUAUCUCUCACCGUACUGGGACAACAUUUCAGCUGCUGCGAAAGACCUGAUAAGCAGACUCCUUGUGGUGGAUCCUCAAAAGCGUUACACGGCACAGCAGGUUCUUCAGCAUCUGUGGAUCCAGACCGCUGGAAAAAAUAGCAGCAGAAACCUGCAGAGAGAGGUGACCCUCAAUCUUGAGCGCCACUUUCGGAGUCAGCGCAAGAAAGACGUGAACAGUGAAGAUUCAUAAAGAGCGGGUCCAAUCUUAUGUCAUUUGAGCAAUGAGUCCGCUGUGCAAGUGCUCAGCCUCUGGGGUUUUUUUUUUUUUGGGGGGGGGAGGGAUUCAGAUAUAGAAUCUUCUUUUAAAGAUCGAGUUCAGCUGUUUGAAGCUGAAGCCAACUAUGCAAAGCACUGAUUGGCUGCCAGACUCCCCAUGAUGUCACAAGGCUAGUAUUAAAUAUUUCCUUGUAUGAAAACAUAUAUGCUGCAUUUUUGUUGCAAAGGCCUGCCAGAAAUGUGGAGGGCAGGGCAAGACGUUGACUGGAUCAUCGCUCUGUUCAUUAAGCAUUUUGUCUAUCAUUGGUGUUCUCAACAUGGGAGGAAACAGGUCUCAAUCUCAUAGUGAAAUACAUACUCCCGCUGUUCGGUUCUUCUGUGCACACCCAAAGACUGCUUUUGUGCAUUGUCUUUUAUCACCUUUUUGAAGACCAGGGCUAUACUUUGUUACUGCUGAGGCACUUAAAAAAUUAGAUCCUAAAUGUGCCGAAAAACUGCAAAGACCUUGUCCAACUGCCAGUGAAGUCUGUUACUAUUUCAUUUUAUAUGUUGUCAGUUUUGGUCAGGAUCAGGAGAGCUAACUGAAGUAAGUCUGGGAUGCUUGGGUAUAAUAAUGGCCAGUGGGAUUUUGAACUUAGUGUCACAAGACUCUAUAUUAGUAAGAUUCAAGUAACACCUUGAAGACCAGCUAGCAUUUGAGAGUCAAAGUUCCCUUCACCAGAUACCCUGCAGUUCAACAUGGUUACUUGCCUACAAGGACUACAAUAUAUAGUUCUUACAAUCAACUUAGUUUCAAAAAUGUUUGCCAUGAGAUGGAUGGGUCAGUCACAGUGGGAAGGGGAGGGUUUAGUUGGCUUGCCUGUGGCAUACAGAACUGACUGUAUGGUUCUUUGGAUCCUGGCUGUUGAAUUCGAUCUCGGUGGUCUGUUUUCUUUGUAUGUUUAAAAUAUAUGUAUGUUUUAUUGAUAAGGAAUGGAGGGGGCAGGGUACAUCUUGUAUCUGUGUUGUAUACUACAUGCAAAGCCUUGUUUCUAAUGUAUUUAGAUGUACAUAUUUUGUUCAAAGAAUGUAAUAGAAAUGAAGGAAACAAUAGUAGGCUAUUGUACUAUUAAGAUCUAACCGUAGUGGUUUUAAACAAACAAAAAAUCCAGUAUAAAUGCCCCUCUUGGUGUAGCCAAGCCGUGGUGUUAGGCUAGGUCAUCCCUGUAAACAGGUUCAUCAUGUUACCUGGUGUACGGGAGGGAUAACAUUGAAUUUUGCUUCCAAUAUUAAGAAAUCAGAACUUGAGUCUGAAUUCUUUCUUUAAGACAUCAUGUUUUAUUAUGCUGUUGCUGUGCACACAAGAUGGGUAGGGAUUGCUAAACGUCUGCAAACUUUUUCAGGCUUGAAUUAGGAACCUCAUGGUUAAAGGUUGGAACUGCAGUUUGUGAACUGUUAAUGCACAGUGUAGGCUCAGGCUAAAACUGUCACUGCUAUUAGUUGCAUAACAGGUAGCCUUUUGGCCAAGUGGUCAAGAAUGGUCUCAGUAUGGCAAGUCUGGCCUUUUAUCCAACUGACUCAUUUGAUCGCUGUCUUCUUCUUCUAUCUUUGGGCUCCAGAUUUUCCAUUUUUGAUGCUGGCCUAAGGGCUCCUGGUCUAGAUUGGUCCAGUGGAUUGUCUAUGGUCCAGGCCUUGCACUGACAACUUGUAAGAGGCCUUGAUUUUUUUUAGAUGGAUGAUAUUCACUAUGACAAACAAAAACAAGACAUCUUAGAUUUCUUGUUCUCACGUCAAGUUCAGUUUCUGCAGAAUUCUGCUUGCUCCUAAGGAAGAAAUAUAUGAGAAACAAUACUGUACUCUGCAUUAUGGGUUGUAGAUUGUCCUCCAUUGAUGGCCAUUCAAUGAAGAAUGUGUUUUAUCUAAACAAAAAAAUUGGUUAUCUACACAAAAAAAUUGCCAGCCAGGUUUCUGCAUCUUUUCCCUUGGGCUGGGUUGUAAUAUUGAAAAGCAGAAUGAAUUAAAUAAAAACUCAGGAAUGUCUUUGCCUCUUA